AUGCGCAGGAAGGGCAGCCGGAUGGGCCAUGUUCUCGUUGAGCACUUCACGGAGCAUGAAGCCGAGUGUUACUUCGAGAACGGGACGGAGCGCGUGCGGCUUGUGGAGAGACACAUCCACAACCGGGAGGAGUACGCGCGCUUCGACAGCGACGUGGGGGAGUUUGUGGCGGUGACGGAGCUGGGGCGGCCCGAUGCUGCGUAUUGGAACAGCCAGAAGGAGAUCCUGGAGGCAGAACGGGCCCGGUGGACACUUGUGCAGGCACAACUACGGGUGUCUGAGCCCUUCUUAGUGCGCAGGAGCGUUGAGCCCGAGGUGAUUGUGUAUCCAUCAAAGAUGGCUCCCCUGGGACACCACAACCUGCUUGUCUGCUCUGUCAGUGGUUUCUAUCCUGGGGACAUUGAGGUCAGGUGGUUCCUGAAUGGGCAGGAGGAGACGGCUGGGGUUGUGUCCACAGGCCUGAUCAGCAAUGGAGACUGGACCUACCAGCUCCUGGUGAUGCUGGAAAUGACCCCCAAGCGUGGAGACGUCUACACCUGCCAAGUGGAGCACUCCAGCCUUCAGAAACCUGUUGUCUUGGACUGGAAAGCACAGUCUGAAUCUGCCCAGAGUAAGAUGCUGAGUGGAGUCGGGGGCCUCGUGCUGGGCCUGAUCUUCUUUGGGGUUGGCCUCUUUGUCUACAAGAGGAGUCAGAAAGGAAAUCAGGGUUCACAACCAACAGGGCUCCUGAGCUGAUCCCUGAGCCUGUGUCACCUGGAACUGUUGCGCCCCCUCAGCUCCUCUCAUGUUUGGAGGCCCCCUGCUUCUGCCCAGAUCUCCAGGAGGUUGCCCUACAGACCCCUUCCCUGGACUGGCUCCUUCCCUGUUCCUUUGACUCUGUUUGGACUCUUUGGCAUUUCCCCAACAGAGCUUCAAAGACCCCCUCCACCCUUCUUUGUUUCUGUACCUUUUUUUAAUCCAUUUUUGUCCCUUGAGCCUUCACCCCAAGAAUUAGAAGACUGAAAAUCAGCUGGUGCUUGGUGACAUGGAGACAAAGUGAAGGGAGCAGAGGGAGGAAAGUUCAGCACUUGGAAUUUGUAGAAUCUGUCAAAGUGUGCAAUGCCUCCAGAGGUGCAGGUUGCAAUCCAGCCACACCUUUUAUCCUGGGUGCCUCUUGUCCAUUUUCUCCCAUAAUUCCUGCACAGGUUGAGUAACCAGCAUGCUGAUGGCCUUCCUCUACAUUUCCUGAUAUUACAUAGAUACCACUGGCCCUCCCAGGCUAUCUGACC